GUCGUGUAAUAUGAGCGAGCAGUUUAAAGCAGGACAAUCAGUAGUUGUACUAUGUUGUGAAUGUCAUAGAGUGGAAUUGGCAGUGAAACACAUUUCAACAUGGUGCCUUCGAAUGAUCCUGUAGUGUGCUCCUUUUUCCUGGCGACUUUUACAUGUUUUUUAGCAGUUAGGCUUACAUCUGGAAGUUUAAGAAAUGGCAAUAUAUUUAAGCAAAACAAUGAAGAGACCGAUCCGAGGGAAUACGGGGCCACGUAUAAAAGAGAAGGUCUUAGUGACGCAAAAGAGUAUGUAGCCGCUGUUGGCGUCAUUGCUCGAAACGGAUCUCUUGCCUUUGAUUCAGAUUAUAAAGAGUAUAACCAAACGGCGAGAUUUAAUUUUCGGCACCUGUUGAUGAAUGCCAAACUCAAACGCAUGGGACCUUUGGUGCAGUGUACAGAUGAUGCUAUGACCUUGCGGGUGAAGGGCGUAAAGACUCCCCAUUUUCUGGUUGACAAUGGUGAGGGGUCUCUCAUUCCCUUGACUCGGAUGCCUUCUCGGUGUGGAUUCUCUGUGAGAAGGUCACGCAGAGAUGUGCUUUUUGUAGCUCCAUACCAAGGCUGCCAUGUUACUGAACAGGGUGGGGAUCAUGUACUGCAUCUAAAGCUGUGGGGGGAAUCCAUGACAAUGUCUUGUCCCCUUGCACCUCCCCCCCCUUCUGUCUCCUGCUUCAUGAAUGGGAUGGUGUUAAAUAUGGGUAAUAUUGCAGCAGAGGCAUUCGAAGUGAAAGUCUUUAACUUAUGGGAGCCCCUGCUGUCAUCCGGAGAACUUUGUGGAUUUACUGUGGUGUCACAAUCGCACUCAAGAGGAUUGAUGAUCAGUGCUCCUUACAAAGAGCCCUGCAUCAAGAGAAAGGAUGAUGAGUAUGUCCUUGUCCUGCUGGUGAAUGGACAAGAGUUUGCGGUAUCCUGCCCAUCCGCUCAAAAUGCCGCUCUGCCAACGGCACCUGCGGAUCUCUGGAUACCAACCACAACUGCUGCACCAACCACUGCAGGCAUCAGGUUCCCCCAGUUUCCAGGCUCCCCUCCAUACCCUCAGGCUCCAGGGUCCACCGACUCCCCUCCAUACCCCCAGGUUCCAGGGUCCCCCGACUCCCCUCCAUACCCUCAGGCUCCAGGGUUUCCCGACUCUCCUCCAUACCCCCAGCUUCCAGGGUCCCCCGGCUCCCCUACAUACCCUCAGGUUCCAGGGUCCCCCGGCUCCCCUACAUACCCCCAGGCUCCAGGGUUCCCUGACUCCCCUCCAUACCCCCAGCGUCCAGGGUUCGCCGGCUCCCCUCCAUACCCCCAGCUUCCAGGGUUCCCCGACUCCCCUCCAUACCCCCAGCUUCCAGGGUUCCCUGUCUCCCCUCCAUACCCCCAGCUUCCAGGGUUCGCCGGCUCCCCUCCAUACCCCCAGCUUCCAGGGUUCGCCGGCUCCCCUCCAUACCCCCAGCUUCCAGGAUCCCCCGGCUCCCCACCAUACCCUCAGGUUCCAGGAUCCCCCGGCUCCCCACCAUACCCUCAGGUUCCAGGAUCCCCCGGCUCCCCACCAUACCCUCAGGUUCAGGGGUCCCCCGGCACCCCUCAAUACCCUCAGGUUCCAGGGUACCCCGGGUCCGCUCCAUCUGCCACUACAGGAGCUGCACCAGUAAAUCCCCAGAUGCCAACCACCAAGACUGCUGCACCCACUACUGUAGACCCUCUUGAUUCUGAGUUAGUGGAGCUUCCUCUGCACCCUGGGUUCCCUGGCUCUCUUCCAGGCUCCCCUCCAUACCCCCACCUUCCAGGGUUCCAGGGUCCCCUCCAUACCCUCAGGUUCCAGGGUCCCCUCCAUAUCCUCAGCUUCCAGGGUCCCCUGGCUCCCCUCCAUACCCCCAGCUUCCAGGGUUCCCCGACUCCCCACCAUACCCCCAGCUUCCAGGCUCCCCUCUAUACCCCCAGUUUCCAGGGUUCCAGGGUCCCCUCCAUACCCUCAGGUUCCAGGGUCCCCUCCAUACCCUCAGGUUCCAGGGUCCCCUCCAUACCCUCAGGUUCCAGGGUCCCCUCCAUACCCUCAGGUUCCAGGGUCCCCUCCAUACCCUCAGGUUCCAGGGUCCCCUCCAUACCCUCAGGUUCCAGGGUCCCCUGGCUCCCCUCCAUACCCCCAGCUUCCAGGGUCCCCUGGCUCCCCUCCAUACCCUCAGGUUCCAGGGUCCCCUGGCUCCCCUCCAUACCCCCAGCUUCCAGGGUCCCCUGGCUCCCCUCCAUACCCCCAGCUUCCAGGGUCCCUUCCAUACCCCCAGUUUCCAGGGUACCCUGGGUCCGCUCCAUCUGCCACUACAGGAGCUGCACCAGUAAAUCCCCAGAUGCCAACCACCAAGACUGCUGCACCCACUACUACAGACCCUCUUGAUUCUGAGUCAGUGGAGCUGCCUCUGCACCCUGGGUUCCCUGGCUCCCUUCCAGGGUCCCCUCCAUACCCUCAG